AUGUUCCAGUUUGGAAAAUACAAUUUGGACAUUAUAGAAAUGUUAAGUGGGCACCAGGCCCACCAAUUUAAAGGGCUUGGUUUAGACCGGCAACUGCAGCAUCAGCAGCAAGUGCAACUCCACCAGCACCAACUACAGCAGCAGCAGCAGCAGCAGCAAGCUGAAUCGUCUGGAGCUCUUCUGUCUGGACUUGGCUUGGGCCCCCUGCAGGGGUCAAGAGGUAACGCCUUUUCUGAUUCUGCCUCCAUUUUUGCCAAGAUGAGUGCCCCUCCUCCCCCACCUUUACAACAGCAGCCUUCCUCAUCUCAGAACUCUCGUUCAAAGUCAAGCAAGAUGAGCAGCAGCAGCUCAAGCCAUUCUUCAGGCUAUCCACAGUUCCUGCGCUCUUUCCACCCGUCUGAGGCAGCACUAGCGCAGGAGCAGUUACACCCAGGUGUAGGCCGCUUUGAGCACUUUGCCGGAGGAAGUAGCAGUAGUGUGAGUGCUGGGGGAUUAGGAGGAUUAGUACCAUCCGCACCUCCACCCCCACCUCCUCUGCAUCCCGGCCUCUCUGUCCCCCAAGCAUCAUCUGGCCCCUCCUCGUCCUCCCCUUCCCCUUCAACCUCUGUGGCCACCUCUAACAACCCUUCUAGUAGCAGUGCAGUCAGCUCAUUGGGACACCAGUUGGUUGGGGCCCAGUCUGAUGCACGGAGCCUUCACCAACAGUUUAGUUGCAUGCUAGCUGCUAAUCAAUAUUUCCUUUCCGGUGUGCCUGCUAAUGCUAGUUUAGAGCAGUUUCUCGUUCAACAGGGUAGCCAUAACCACUUAGGGAUUGGUUUAAGUCAGUCAGCCGGGGAGCCUAGUACUAGCCUCGCUCCGCCUCCCGCACUGCAUUCUUCUCACUCGCAUAGCCACUCCGCUUCUCAGUCACAGCAGGCUCCGCAGCAGCCUCCCCAGCAGCAACAGCUUCCGCCUCACACCCUGUCUCAUCCUCACUCUCAUACUCAUCCUCACCACCCGCUCCACUCUGGGUCGCAGCCCUCGUCGCUGGGCGGCUUUGACUUUCAAGGCAUUCCUGUCCUCUCGUCGAAUCAAAUAGCUUCGCUUAUGCAGCAGGAAACGGGUUUGCCGCUUCCAUUGCCACUUCACUUAUCUUUGUCUAAAGAUGAGGGUAAAGCGGAAAGCACAGGUGGUGGAACUGGUGGUGGUGGUGGUAGUAGUGGCGGUGGUAGUAGUAGUAAUAGCAGUAGCAGCAGCAGUAGUAGUAGGAGGAAGAAAGCGAUGGCUGGUUACUUGCCCCAGAGAAAAUCUGAAAGCACUAAUAAUGGCCACAGCAGCCACAGUAAUCCUAGCACUAGUAGCAACAAUGAAGCACUUAAUCAUAAUCAGGCCCCAUCUUUAAUUGGAAGUGGGGUUGGCUUAUCAAAUAUUGGUGGGGAACCUUCAUCCUUGCUUGCUUCUUCAUCUUCAUCCUCAUCAGUAGUUUCUUCUUCCUCCUCCUCUGCUCCCUCUUCUUCUGCUGCCUCAGUACUGGUUACUAACGAGUCUCACAUUUCUAAAUCUGAUAACCUUAACUCAAUACAACCUAACACCACAGAGUCUGAAACAGAGUCAAUAUAUAGCUGUGGAGAGUGUGGUAAAAGCUUCCCUCACCUUUCAAGCCUUCGCAGGCAUAUGCGUAUGCAUGAGCCAACUGCAGCUGGCACUAGCAAAUCUACCACUACUGACAAAAUAUUUCAUUGCCCUGAUUGUGGUAAAGGCUUUAAGAAAAAAGGACACCUCCUGCAACACGGUGUCCUACACUCUUCAGCCCGCCCAUAUGGCUGCUCCACCUGCUCUCGGGCUUUUAAUCGUAGAGAGUCACUGACACGGCAUGAGAAGAUACAUGAGGAAAAGCCAUUCCGAUGUCCUGCCUGUGGUCGUGCCUUCCGUGAGAGCACCUCUCUACUCAACCAUGCUGCCUCAGGCACCUGCGGCAAGCCAGGUAGGGGACCCAAACAACGAGGCAGCAAGUCAGGAAGUGAUGGUGAGGACAGAAUAGGGGGAGGGAGCGGAGGAGGUAAUGGAGGAGGGGGAACUUAUCCGAGCAAUAGGGGGGUAAUUUAUGGGAAAACUGAGGAAAAGGAUGGUAUAAUUAUUGUUGGGGAAGGAGAGCAAAAAUCAGGUUUAGGAUGUGAUCUGUUUCAGUCUGCAAGGGGAGGGAAUUCAAAUGACAGGGACAGAACAGAUUCUAAAUACCCCACUGACUACUCUCGGAAUCGUUACACAGGCUACCAUGAAGACCACCGAUCUCAAGGUAAUCCAUCUCCAUGCUACUCUGGAGCCUCCCCCUGUGGAAGUGGGAUGGCCGGCCCAGCUCUGAGAAAGGCGCCCCUGGCCCCAACACUGCAUCCGCACUCUCAGAGCCUCAACCAGCACCAUCAUCCGCAGCAACAGCCCCACCUGCCCCUAUCCUCUCUACUGGAUGACUCAGAGGAUGAUGUCACUAGCUCUGUCAACAAUGCGAUCUCUGCUAUCACUGCAGCAACUGGAAAUAGAGAUGACAGGGGAGACAUCAUAGGAGGUCUACUUGGUGGUCUUGGUCUAGGCCCCCUGGGUUCACCGUCAACAUCUGGCAUGGACAAGAACUUCCGAGUUGGUGGGAACCAGGAGGCAGUGGGCAACAAUCCACCGAACCCCGCUGCUAAGCCCAAACGUCCCCGCAAACCCAGAGCCAAGAAAGAUCCAGCAGCUGAUGGGCAGCCCCCUAAACGUAGACAGUACACUCCGAGAAUGGGAACCAGUGGGCUCCCACGCACUCACCUCUGCAGUGUCUGCGGUAAGGGUUUUGCACGUCGUGAAACUCUACGCAGGCACGACCGCAUACAUACCGGAGAAAAGCCUCAUCACUGCACUGUUUGUGGAAAGUACUUUAGGGAGGCAUUCCACCUUAGCAAGCAUCAAACAGUUCAUUCUGGGGCAAAGAAUUACAAAUGCAGCAUCUGUGGGAAAGAGUUUGGGUACUCCCAGAGUCUCAGGAGACACAGCAAGCUCCACCAGAAAGGGGAGAUGGAAGAGGUGCCCACAACACCAGCUCCAGAGAAUAUAAACAGCUUUAAUCCAAACCCUCAAUGCAGUGUGACCCAAGACGGGAGCCAGAACCAAGUACCAAGCACCUCCUCCUAUUACUCCUACCCUCAAGAUGUCAAACCUCAAGACACCCAGCCACAUUCACAGCCCCCGCCUCGUCUUUACACCUGUGCUAUAUGCUGGAAGUCGUUUCGCCACCACUUCCAUCUGACUGCUCAUCACCAGACAGUUCACGAAGGUGGCGGCGAAAAGCAUUUCUGCUGUGAGGUAUGCGGCAAAGCAUUUGCUUACUCAAAUAGCCUUACCCGACACAGGCAGUCCCAGCACGGAAUCACCCGCAGUGAAACGUCAAACCCUCAAGAAGGCAGUAGUGGGUCUGGAGACAACAGGGGAGGCAACGAUGUGAACCAGUCAACAUCAGAGAGCGAGGCUGCCACCAAUGCUCUUCUCCAGAUGGCCCCAUCUACAGACAGCCACGGGGUCCCUAGUCUUAACGUUGUCACUCAUGGCCAUCAGCAGGCACAACCGCAACCCCCAGCUGGUUACUCUCCCCUCUUUUAUGAUGCUACAGCAGCCCAGUCUUCAGCCUCCAGUGCCCUAUCUUACUCGCAGCCUCUGCCGCCCAAUUCAACAAUCAUGCCUCCCCACCACCCGCACUCCCCGGCCGGUGUUAAAGGAGAGCACAUAUAUCCAGCCGGAUCCCGCAGCCGUACGCUACACACCACAGCUCCGUUCCAGCCUCUUACUGAACUGCCCUCCACCGAACAUCACCAUCUACAUCAUCAUCAUCAUCACCCCCACCAUCAUCCUCAUCAUCAGUCAGGUGCCCAGCUCCAACAACACCUCGACUGCAGCAACCAGUUGCCGCACGAUGAAAUCAGACGACACAAGAAGAAAAAAAAAAAGUCCGAUAGGAGAGAUUGGCAGGAAAAUAAAUAUGAAUCCCAAGACUUAGUCAGAUUUGAAGGGAGACACAAGAAGAAAAAGAUAAGUUGUUCAGUAAGAGGGCAGUUGAACAGAAAACAAGGCUCUCUUCGCUUGACAAUUAGGCGGGGAGAAGGAUCUGGUGGCGGUGGGUAUAAACUUGUCAACACUGGGGGAGUGAAAGUUCAGAUCCUGUCGUCCUUAAAAGUUCCUGUGAAGCGUUUCGGCUGUCCUAUAUGCCCCAAUUCAGUGUUUUCCCGCAAAGCAGGACUGCUAGUCCACAUGGCAAUUAGACACCCACAAAGAGCCACAACCACUCGGGAGCGACUUCAGUGCUGCGUAUGUGGGAAGCAGUCUCAGAGUUCCAUGGCAGCUUUUGUCCAUCGGGCUUCUCAUCGUGCCAGAGGGACUUUCUCCUGCCAGUGCUGCUCCGCUCGCUUCUGGAAUAGCACACUUCUCCAAAGGCACAAGGGUUCCUGCCGCCGCGUGGCAACAGGAGCUCAGCAAGAGGACAUCAAGAAGCCUGUUCCAUUACCGUUAAAGAGACCAGGAGAAAGACAGAUCCGAGAUGUCGAGCACAUCCGUCUGUGGGCCGUGCAGAGUCGGAUUCCUGUGGCGCGCUGUUUUGCAUGUGCUCGGGUACAGUGGAGCGAGCUGGGCCGCCCUCGUGCCUUUUUUCCUCCUUCCAACUCGCUCUCACGCGGCUCUAGCAUGCACGGAGGGAAUCCGAGUGGGCGGGACCGGCCGACCUACUUCUGGCCAAUCGCGGUGCUCGAAGACGACGAGCUCCCAGCCAAUCAGAGCGAGAGCCGCCAGCGGACAGACUUGUCUCCGCGUGCCCGGUACACGUGA